GUUAACAAACAACAAGCAGCUCGUUGGUUCCAAUCAAUUGCGCGUAUAUACUACUCCGUAUAUACACUCCCUUGGCCGGGGCUCUCUCUCUCUUUCCCUCUCCUGUCAUCAGAUUCCGUGGUCAAUGGCUAGUCCGGUCCCGGUAACGAAGAAGGCGGGGAGAGAGGGCGGCUCUUCCGAGAGCGGCAGCUCCGAGAGCGGUGGAUCGGACAGAUUCGCCGGCGGAGUUGGCUCUUUCGAGUACUCUGGCUGGGUGUAUCAUCUCGGAGUCAACUCAAUUGGCCAUGAGUAUUGCCAUCUCCGCUACCUCUUCAUCCGCGGCAUGUACGUCGAAAUGUACAAGCGCGACCCCCAUGAGAAUCCCGGCAUUAAACCCAUUAGAAGGGGUGCUGUUGGACCCACACUUAUGAUUGAGGACUUGGGUCGUCGACGAGUUAAUCAUGGGGAUGUUUAUGUUCUGAGAUUUUACAAUCGGUUGGAUGAAACCAAAAAGGGAGAAAUUGCUUGUCCUACAGCCGGAGAAGCCAAACAAUGGAUGAAUGCAUUUGAUCAGGCAAAACAACAGGCAGAAUAUGAGUUGACAAAAGGUGGCAGUGCAAGGACUAAGCUAAACUUGGAGACUGAGAUUAACCUUGAAGGACAUCGACCUAGAGUGCGGCGCUAUGCACAUGGCUUGAAAAGGCUAAUAAAAAUAGGACAAGGUCCAGAGAAACUUCUGCGCCAAGCUUCAAAUCUUGGUGCCGACUGCAGAUCAGAAUUGUACUAUGACACAGAUGGAGCUGAUGCAAUAGAACCACAUGAAUGGAAAUGCGUCCGGACAAUUAAUGGUGUUCGAAUAUUCGAAGAUGUGGCUGAAGCAAAGAGUGCUAAGGGUGUUCUUGUCAAGGCAGUUUGUGUUGUUGAAGCAAGUGCAGACACUGUCUUUGAGGUGGUGUUAAGUCUUGAUCGACGCCAACGAUAUGAGUGGGAUGCAUUGACAGGUGACCUUGAGUUGGUUGAUUCAUUGGAUGGACACUAUGAUGUAGUUUAUGGAACCUUUGAUCCAAGACACCUCACUUGGUGGCAAUCUAAAAAAGAUUUUGUCUUCUCCCGACAAUGGUUUCAUGGGCAAGAUGGAACAUAUACAAUCUUGCAAUUUCCUGCUGUUCAUAAAAAGCUGCCUCCAAAAUCUGGAUAUCGACGUACAAAAAUUUACCGUAAGAGACCCAUUUACUCAAUUGUAUUUCCAUGAUCAUUAUUGAAAAAUAAAUCAGAUUAGCUAAUGUGAGUUUCUGUUUUAAACCUUGCCUUAUUCUUUAGAUUAGAAAGUUGAUUUUUGCUUAAACUGUUGCAUGUUUUUAUAAAUAGAAAUUGGACUUUUUUUCUUAUGAUCUGGAUAUCGUUGUGCUAUGGCAAAGAAAUGAACUUUUAUAUC